CACUCAAAUUACUCAGACGGAACACACAACAAGGAGGUGAUGUAGGGUGACACAAUAUAAAUGCACCUCACAGCCGGUUACUCUGAGUUGGGUCUUCUUUGAAGAGCAGGUUCAUCUCAAAUCAACAGCUCAAUUGCCUCUGACAACAUGGACGCACCAAAGAGAAGAGUGUACAUCAGUCUUCCAAAGAAAUACAUGGCUGCUUUGGGUGAAAAUUAUGAACUGGACCAUGGAGUGGUUAUAAAAGACCUGAACCCUUAUUUGAAUGAAGGAUAUUUGCAAGCUUACUUCAGAGAAUGGGGCACCGUUACAAUGUGUAAGAUUACCAAGGAACCCAGCUCGGAGAAAGCUAAUGUGAUGGCAUAUGUGAGGUUUUCUGUGGAGGCUGAAGCAGACAGAGCAGACUGGGCAGGGCCUCACUUUAUUGGAGGCAAUGAAGUGAAAGUGAGACGAGUUGUUAGUCCAAAGAUGGAGGAGGAUGAUGCAGACAUGGUGACCACCACAGCCCCGAAUAGACCGAGACCCCGGCGAUCAAUGGGGCUGGGCUACAUAUUCGAAGAUGCUCAGUGGUUGGAUGAUGAAAUGGAUGAAAAAAAAAAUUAAUACUAAAUAUUCCAGGAUUGCCUUCAUAAAAAUACUAUGCACUUAACUGUAUCUAAAGCUUUAAUGUAAGUUGUGGUGAUUUGGACUCUAAAAAUAUUAUUGUGCUGAUUUUGAUGUUUUGUUUAUCUACCUUGAAUGAAAAAUAAAGUUUUAUUAAAUUCAA